AUGAUGAGCACGCGCCAGGGUUGUGGAGGUGGCGGUGGUGGCAGUGGCUACUCGGGCUACAGCGGCUACAGCGGCGGUGGCUACAGUGGAGGUGGCGGACACAGCGGCCACAAGCGCGAUAUCGCCUCGACCAACAUCGCCUCUUCCCUCGUCAAACGUGUCUUCGGCCUGACUACUCGACAGCAGGGCUGUAAUCAGGGCGCGAUGUGCACAAGCAAUGCAGACUGCGUCUCGGGCUUGUGCAACAACCCCAGCCCACAGUGUCAGGUUUAUGGUACUUGUGAUCCGUGUACUGGAAGUUAG